AUGCGUGUCUCAAACAUCCAGAUGUCUCAGUUUUCUUGUUCAGUGUGUGGACAUGUGGCAUCAAGUUCAAAUAGACUGAAAGAGCACCUAAGUAGCCAUACUGGAGUGAAGCAUUUUAAGUGUGAAAUAUGUGGGAAAAAGUUUGCUUGGCGAUAUUCCUUCAAAAGUCACAUGGCUUCUCACAGAGAAGACAAUCCAAAUAAAUGCAGUAUUUGUGGUAAGAAGUAUUGUACAAAAUCAGCUGUAAAAUAUCACAUGAAGCGUAUUCAUGGCAACCCUGAAAAACUGUUCAACUGUGAAAAAUGUGAUAAAAAAUAUGUAACAAAAGCAGAAUUAGAUAGACAUUCUUUUAAACAUUCAAAAGAAAAACCUUUUAUUUGUGAAUUUUGUGGAAAAAUGUACAGGUUUAAAGGAGCAUUAUCUGUCCAUUACAGAAUUCAUUCCGGAGAAAAACCUUAUAAAUGCUCGUAUUGCGAAAAGUCUUUCAUACAUUUAUCAUCAGCAAUAGGUCAUCGAAGGAGGCACACUGGUGAAAUGCCUUUCCAGUGCAAUGAAUGUGGCAAAUUGUUUAAAGUAAAGCGUGCAAUGACUGCCCACAUGGCUGUUCAUAGUGAAAACCGACCAUUUAAAUGCAAUAAGUGUGAAAAAUCGUUCAAAUCUCGCAGUGGUUAUCGAGUGCAUUUAGAUUUUCAUCUUGGCAUUAAAAGACAUACUUGCAAAUACUGUGGUAAGACAUUUAGGGCUUGGUGUAACAUGCAUAAACAUGUUAGAAGACAUCUUGGUGAAAAACCUCAUAAAUGUGACACCUGUGGUAAAACAUUCAUUGAGAAACAAGAACUUAAAAGUCACAUGAAAAGUCAUAAUGAGAAAAUCUCUAAGAAAAUACCACUAGCUCAAAACAUUGUUCCAGAUACCUGUGAAGAUGUUAUUUCUCCAUCUGCAUUAGGUUGUUCUUCACCAGACAUUGAUACUCCUUCUGCAUUUAACGAAGCUCCAAAUCCUAAUGACCUAAUACCAACUCAUAUUGAUUUACCUGACAGUCAAUCAGUAAUGUAUGACUGUAAUCUGCCUAGCUCUCUUGAUAAAUGCCAAGCUGACAAGUGUCAACUUCUGCAAGAUAGUUAUGUUUCGCAGUUUUUAUAUUCUCAGCAUACUCAGGUUCAGUAUCCCGCUCAAUCUAUGCCAGUGCAGAAUAUUUACACUUCUAAUGAUCCAGCUUCAAUGUCUGGCAGAUGUAUGUCAAACAUGAACACAAAUUUUAAUUGUGUGUCAUUAAAUGCUCAAAAUUAUACUUUCCCAUACAAUUUGCCUACUUCAGAUGGAUUGCUUCUGAAAUGUAGACUAUGUCGUAGUUUAUUUCAUUCUACCCUUGUUUUGAGAAGUCAUCUUUUGGAGUAUCAUCGAAUUGAAGAAGAAAAUGUUGAUGAAUUAAUGUCAUGAACAUUUUUCAUAACAUAAUUGUAUUAUUGUACAUAUGUAAUUAUACAUUUCUAAAAUUUUCAUUGUAUAUAAUUUGACUUUAGUGUUUUCUCUGAAUUCUAUUCUGCUGUAUAAAUUUUACCAGUUGAAAGUUUUAUCUUUUAUUUCUUUUGAAUUUUCUGUUAUUUAUUUUGAAAUCUUUUAGCUAAAUGUUAUUAUUGCUCUGUUGUUCAUUAAACUUACUUUACCAUGCUGAAUAUGUUACUUUUAAGUUCAAGACUUGAAAGCUAUGCCUAUGUUUGUUGUGGUUAAUAUCUUUACUAAUAUUAUAAUGCAAAAGCGAGUUUGUUUGAAAUGUUAUCAUGCCUUAACUAUUUAACCAAUCAUCCUGAAAUUUUGCACUCACUUUGUUAGGGGUGUAGAAUAGAACAUAAAGUAGGGUAACGGCACCAAUCACAGAUAUGCUUAAGACAUCGCUCCCAGGUUAACUCAAUUUUCUGAGCCUUUUAAUGCAUUUAGACUUUUAAAACUAUUUUUCUUUCAUGCAACUACAUCUCAUCUAACAUUUGACUGC